ACCUGCAUGAGUCUUUUUAGGAUGGCGAUAGCCAUUGAUCAACAUCAAGGAUUCAAAUCGUUCAGCCGAUCUCAAAGAUGCAAACUCCAAUCCUUCACUCACCUUAAUUACAAAAUUCUUGAAGUUAGCCAUACCAAUCUUGCUCGCUCUUUGAAACGAGUGUUUGAAGUUGCAAAUUUCCAUCGAAGCUUCUCCACCCCUUGUUUUUCCCUUGCCACUAAUGUGGAGGAAGAUUUUGACACCUAGUCGAAAAUUGAAAUUAUUGAUGGCUAAAGAGCACCGAAAGUCAAUGCUCUUGUAGUUGAGGUGGCCAUAGCCAUAGCCUCCGGGGUAUUACCGAUGCUAGUGUCCAAUGGGCUUGGUGGUGCCUACUUUUUACAUAACUAGAGUGGUGAAACUAUUGCUGUAGCAAAGCCUAUUGAUGAAGAACCUUUAGCCUUCAAUAACCCAAAAGGAUUUGGGGGAUUAAUGUUAGGACAACCAGCAGUAAAAUGUUCAGUACGUGUAAGUGAAACUAGCAUUCGUGAGUUGGCUGCUUAUCUCCUCAAUCAUGGUGGGUUCGUUGGUGUUCCUACAACAUCUCUUGUGAAAAUCUCUCAUGUUGCAUUCCAUGUCAACGAAGCAACUGUUAUUUCUGAAACACCUUAUAAGAUUGCCUCACUACAAAACUUUGUCUCUCAUGACUUUGAUGCAGGAGAGUUAGCUUCAAUUCCUAGAAUUGGGAUUUUUGACAUAAGAAUCUUGAAUCUAGACUAGCAUGCGGGAAACAUUCUUGUUAAGAAAAAUAACCACCAUGAAAAUUAUACUGUCGGGGCAACUGAGCUUGUGCCCAUAGAUCAUGGGCUUUGCUUACCAGAGUGGCUUGAUGAUCCAUACUUUGAAUGGUUGCAUUCGCCUCAACCUUCCGUUCCUUUUUCAGAGUUCGAAAUUGAGUAUAUAUCGAAUCUCAAUCCAUCUAAGGAUGCAGAGCUUUUACAAAUUGAACUUCCAUCGUUAGAGGUGUCCUCCGUAUGAGUUCUUAUCUUGUGAACCAUAUUCUUGAAGAAAGCUACUAAUGUUGGCCUUUGUCUUGCCGAUAUAGGUGCAAUGAUGACUCAGGAGUUUUGUAGUGAUGAGGAAACCUCAAGUAUACUAGAGACUCUUUGUGCAAAAGCCAAGGAAAGUGUAUUUAAUACUUUAGAAGCUGAUGAUGAUAAAACCGGAGUAGGGAUUGAAGACUUGGAAAUUUUUCAAUUUGAUGACAAUGAAACUAAAGGUAUCUACAAUAAGGUUGCAGAUUUUCCAAAGCUUUUACAGAGUCAUGAUCUGAAUUUGGCUAAGUCGCAAAAAUCUUUACGAUUUUCAUCCGUAAGAUCAAUGUCGGGGUUUUAUGGUGCUUUAUUAUCUCCUUUAUACGAGGAAAUUGACAAUGGCGAUACUAAUUAUGGCACAAAAAAUAUUGUCGCCAAAAAUGGUGAUGAUAAUGACAAAAAUAGUAGCUGCACCAAUGACAGCAAAGCAGGAGGGUUGGUAAAAAGCAUGAGUUUCUCAGUGCAAAACUAUAAUCACGAAAGUAGGGGUAUUUUUUUUGGGAAUAUGAGUGAAGAUGAAUGGGAAAUGUUCCUCAAGAGUUUUGAAAAGCUCUUGCCUCGAGUAUUUGAGGGCGUAAAGUGCAUGUGUGCCAAGCAAAGGUUGGGAACUUCCUGCAAGUUUUGA